AUGGUUUCUAAAACAGAUUUUUGUACAAUUGAUUUCACAUCUAACAAUAUUACAGAAAUGGUUAACACAAAUAAUUUCAAAAUUGACCCAAACAAGAUUUAUCAUGGCGGUUCUGUUAAACUUACCGGAAAUAGUUUCUCAAAGUUCAUAGACUUCGAAAAGUUAGGAAUUUCAGAAAUUUCAAUUCUAGGAAAAGUCUUUGACUACAGUUUCAUUAUGCCGGAUACAAAAUGGGAUUGUGACUGUCAUCUUGAACCAUUUCUAGAACUUGCAGAGAAGGUCAUUAAAAACGUUUGGAAGGACUAUUUCAAUAUGUCAUGCUGGAAUCCUCCAGAAUAUCGCGGGAAGAUAAUCACCGAUAUUGUUAAAGAUGAUCAUCUCGACAUAUUAAUUUGCAAUUUGACAAAUAAGGACAAAUGUCCGAAAAACUGUUACUGUUUUUAUCAACCCAAAGAAAAACGAACGGUUGUAAAUUGCACAAGUGCUGGAUUGCUACAGCUUCCAAUAUAUGUACCGGAAGGUAAAAAUCUCACACUUAUAUUGAAAAACAACAGUAUUAAAAAUUUUGAAAAUAGAACGUAUCUGGGAAACAUAUCAAUACUGGAUAUUUCUAAUAACAAAUUACAAAGAAUCAAACCUGGUUCCUUAUCUAAUUUACAUCAAGACAUCUCCCUUAAUCUUGCGGAAAAUAAAUUAACAACUUUACCGCGAGAAGUUCAAACAUUAAACCCUUGUAGAACACGAUUCGGAAGAGUGACCAUAGAUUGUAACUGUGAAAAUAUAUGGAUAAAGGACUGGAUCACAAACAGAAAAUUACAGCAGUGUAGGAACAUAAGCGAGUACAUCUGUAGAAUACAUAAUGAACUAAUACCAGCCGAAGAUGUAUCAUUUGAUAAUAUGUGUAAAACACAAACUUCCUAUACUUUACUUAUAGUUUUAAGCGUUUUAUCGACCUUGGUCAUUGUUGUUUCAAGUUUUUUAUUUAUGUUUAGGUAUGAAUGUCUUCUACUAAAAAGAAAAUUGUUAGCUAGAAAAUCGGGUGAUAUUCCAACAUAUGAUGCUUUUGUAUCCUUUAAUGAAGAAAAUGAUAAAUUACGUCAAUGGAUUUUAAAAUUCCUAACAAAUGAACUCGAGGUAGCCGGAUAUCGCAUUUUUGUACCAUGUCGCGAUUUAAUUCCAGGGACCAUCAAGGAAGAACAACUUUUGGAAAAUAUUACGAAAAGCAGAACGUAUAUUAUUUUUCUAUGUGACAGAUAUACUACAGGUGGCGAUCAAUGGAUAGACAUGGAAUGGAAAUAUAUUUGGCAUCAUUUUAAAUCUAAUUUGGAUCGUAAUAUUCUGGUUAUAAAUUAUGACUAUGUUAACACAUAUGUUAAUAUCGAUCCAAGGCUACGAGCUUUUGUUCGUCUCGGUUAUGAUAUCGAUUUCUCGAACAGAAACAAUAAGUUUAUUAGAAAAUUAAAGAAACGUCUAGGGUCUCCGUUAAUAUCACCCCUUGACACAAGGAGCUUAGUAAAUUUUACAAAUUUAGAAUUAUUUCAUCGUCGCUUAGGUUUUAAUAAUGGAAAUAACAAUACAAACAUGGAUCAAUUCGUAUUACCAGGAGCUGUUGGAGACGAAUAA